GUAAAGUCUUUAUGAUUACGACGGCGUACGAAGGCGUAUACUUGUCUGCGCAUUAUGUUGCUGUAGUUUUGGGAUGAUCAAUAAGUGGUAUUGGAUUUUAAUUUCAUUUUAUUUAGUUGGCGUCAGGUGCAUUUGAUUUCAUGUUGACGAUGUGGAAUGGUUAUAUGGUGAACUAUUUUGAACAAAUUCAGACACAGGUAUAUGGAAUAUUUUAUAAUUGUAAGUGUUGUUGUGUGAUCUCUCAUGAGACAUCACAACUAAUUUUUAACAAUGCUUUCAUGAAGUGGACAAAUGUUUUUGUCAUAUCGUAGAGUGAAAAUAUUGGCGAGGCGCAAGAAGCUUGUAUGCUGUCCUCCAAAGGUAAAGAUGUAACCGUGCAGUCAUAUAUAGCCGCGUGGUCAUGUAGCCACGGGUUAAAAAGUGUGUUUUUAAGUGCUGAAGUUGCCCCAUCAUCUGUAAUCAGCUUUAUUAUUUUUUCUUUGUUAAAGUUUUGAAGAAAUUUAUGGUCCAUGGAUUCAAAGAAUUUGGCCCUGAUUCGCAACCCAUGGUAAUUGACGUAAUUCAUAAAGAUAAAUUUAAGGAGGAACGAGCCAAUACUUAUACAUAA